AUGGCCUCCACGAUAGAGUCGCUCAAGGCCGUCCUCGAGCAAAUCGUCGUCGAUCCCCGAUACCAUGACCUCCUCUCCCUCGUCAAGACGGCGCGCAACGGUGCCGUCUACGGCGCCAAGGUCCGCUUCCCCCAUGCGCUUGUCAUGGUCUUUCUCUUCAGAUCCGGAACCAUCCAGCAAAAGUGCCAGCUCGUCUUCCGCGCGACAAAGAAGCACGCCUCCAACCUCGCGCGCUUCGCCACCAUCUACAAGCUCGCCAUGCUGGCGCUGAAAUACUACGGCCCCACGCCCGGCAAAGAGGGCCCCUACGACUCCUUCUUCGCCGGCCUCCUCGGCGGCUACAUGGUCUUUGGCCAGCGCUCCCCGCGCACCGGCAAGAUCUCGAGCGUCAGCCAGCAAAUCGUCAUCUACAUCUUUGCCCGCGUCUGCCUCGGCCUCGCCAAGGUUGCCGUCAAGCCCGGCGCCACCCCGCUCCCCUGGGUCUCGGACGAGCCGCUGCGCGCCGCCAUCACCUACUACGCGUGGCCGGCGUUUGCGGGCCUCUCCUGGGGCGCCGUCAUGCUGCUCUUCAAGUACCACCCCGACGAGCUGCAGAGCAGCCUGCGCAGCAGCAUGACGUACAUUUACAAGGACUGCAACAGCUGGGACUCGCUGCGGACGCUGGUGUGGCAUAACAAAUAG